GAUAGUUACCCAGUUCUACCUCUACGUCGUCCAUAGAAGGGAAGCAAUUUUUAAACUUUUUUAAAUGGAUCUUUACGACGAUAUUGACACUAAGCCCAGAGCCAGCCAGGUUGAAGGCUGGUCGUGUAGCAUAAAAAUGUUGCAGACCCAGUUGGCAGUUAAGAAGGCCGUCAGAAAACCUCUCAUGACGCCGGUAGUCAACCUACGAACCAAGCGUUCUUCGGAGUCAGAAAUUCCUUCUUGUGAUUCCAUGCUUGCUGUGAUGGCCAAGCCCAUAAUCACGGGAAAAGCCCUACCGCCAAUGCCAGAAUGUGUUCUCAAGGACGACUGGGACUUUUCGGAUGAGUACGACCCGCAAUGGCCAAAUGAAUACCAAAAAUAUAAAGAGAAAUAUAAAGGAGGUGAGAAGUCCCGAGCAACCAUUUGUGUCAGUGGUGGCGCAAAAAAUAGGGAAGGUAGCGACAAAGACAAGGAGCGGAAACGCGGGCACGUUGGUUGCCAUGAAGUCUACAGAGAAGAAGUCUCUCCGCAAAAUAUAAAGUUUAACGGUUUUUGCCAACGACAAAACGAUGACGACCCUUUUAGUUCGCCAAGACUUCUCUCUAUUGCUAAACAGGGAGGGGGUGCCGCCAUCGCUCCUCCACCUUCGCUUCAAGAAAUAUCUUUUGAUAGUGUUGAGGGAUACUCCCACGUUACCAUACCGUAUUCUGCAAGCUCGGUGGCCGCCAAAAUUAUGGCUAAAUACGGGUUUAGGGAUGGUCAGGGCCUGGGAAAGUCUGAACAAGGCAUGUCAAUUGCCCUGCAGGUCGAGAAGACCUCCAAGCGAGGCGGCCGCAUUAUACACGAAAAAGACGUUUUCACGCCGAUCCCCUCAAUGUCUCCACCUACGUUUGGAUCUCCAAUUGAUCAAAGUCCCAGUCAAAAGGCUAUAACAACUAACCAAAUGGAAGGAGCAUUGACUGCCAGCAGCGUUAUCGAACCUAGCAUCACAGAGAUAAUGAAAUCACCAAGCAAGGUGGUUCUCCUCCGCAAUAUGGUGGGACCUGGGGACGUAGAUGAAGAACUGGAGCCAGAGGUAAAAGAUGAGUGCAACACAAAAUACGGGGAAGUAAGCAGCGUUAUUAUUCACGAAACGUUCGGAACCAUGCCAGAAGAGGCCGUUAAGAUAUUCGUCGAGUUUAAGCGCAUCGAAAGCGCCAUUAAAGCUGUAGUGGACCUGAAUGGGCGUUUUUUUGGAGGACGUCAAGUACGAGCGGUGUUUUACAACUAUGAUAAGUUUAAAAGUUUUCAAUUAAAUUAAAUUACGUUGGAAAUGCGUCCCAUA